ACUGGUAUGCAGCAACCGGAAGACAUCGGCGAGGCUCAGAAAGAAUUUAAAUAUUUGGUUCAAAGUUGACAGCAAGUUUUUCUUAUUUUAUUUGACUUUGAAUUAAUAGAUUUUUUUUAACUUGGGGAAUUGUCCGAGAUGAUACAGGCUUUAAAAGGUGUCAGACACGUAACGUCCGGUACAAUGAAGCAAGCAGUUACAGAGCUCUGUGUACCAGUCCCAUGGGGGGAGAUCAGAGGUAAAAUCUGGGGUCCUGAUCACGGUCGCCCAGUUCUGUGCCUGCAUGGCUGGGCAGACAACUGUGGGACGUUCAACACGCUGCUCCCUCUUCUACCUAAAGACUUCAGAUAUGUUGCAAUCGACCUGGCAGGUCACGGCUGCUCAUCCCACCGUCCUCCUGGAGUUCUGAAUGCCUUCCCCUCUUACGUGAUGGACAUGCGCAGAGUUGUUGAUGCUCUACAGUGGAGCAAAUUCUCCAUCAUUGGCCACAGCAUGGGUGGUAACGUAGGUGGAAUGUUCAGCGCUCUCUAUCCAGAGAUGGUGGAUGCCUUGGUGCUGCUGGAUUCCUACGGAUUCUUACCGACAGAUCCGAAAGAAAUGCCCAGAAUAUUACGACAGGGGCUGGAUGAGAUGAUACAGUUUGAAAAGAAGAUGGAAGAAAAGAAGAUGAGAGUUUACACUUACGAAAAAGCCGUUGAGAGGCUUUUGGCUGGAAACCCAAGUUUGACUGAGCAGUCUGCAAAGAUCCUCCUAGAGCGAGGUCUAGUUAAAGUUGAAGGAGGAGUUCUGUUCUCCAGAGACUUUCGGAUCAACUUGAGAAACGUAGUACGGAUCAGUCUGGAGCAGAGUCUGGAGCUGCAGUCAAGCAUAGAAGCCCCUGUCCUUCUUGUUCUAGCAGAAAGUGGCUUUGAGAAAAUGUUUGUCGAGUCUGAUCAGAAGAAAUACACAUCAGCUCUUCUUCAGGCCUUCAGGGACCGACAUAACACGGUGGUGCAGGUUCCAGGCAAUCAUCACGUCCACCUGAAUAACCCUGAAGUGGUCGCACCACUUGUGUCAGAGUUCCUGCAGAACAAAGCACUCUCAGCAUCAACAGGCUCAGACAAUGUUCAUCCUCCUAAGUUAUAGUGAACACACUAUAGAACAAACUUUCAUCUUUCAAAUUUUGUCAAUUUUUGCGAUUCAAGGUUGUGAAUUGUGCAUUAAUCCAGCUCUGUUUACCCUUGCUGUGGGUCUCAGAAGUAAAACCUCAAGCUGUUUUACUUGUGAUUAACUAUUGCAUUAAAUACACGUAAGUAUUUAACCUGUUUUGACAUGAUUUUCAUUUACUCAACUAGAAUCUGUGAUGACAACUUCUGCCUUAUGAGCAAGUAAAAAAACCAUGAGUGAGUACCAUGGUUCUCAAAGGAAUAAUUCGAUUGUGUGUCUUGCUCUGCAUCAAGGGCAGUCAAAGUAUAGUUUUAAAGAUCAAAAUGUAGAUUAAAUAAAGUUGAAACACAUACUUUAAAUUUUUUUUCACCCUAUUGGUCUGAUGAUAUUUUUAUUGUCAGGCCAAUAGUGUUUCCAUUACUUUUAAUAAUAAUGGAGUUAACCAGAAAUGAACUUGAAAUUAUUUUUGCUUUUGGGAAUAUUUAAGGUUGAGGCAAAAGACUCUUCAGAGGAAACAAAUCAAACAAAUUUAGGCUUUCAGUUAAUUCAAUGUGACCAUUACAAGGUGAUCAACUGCCGGAUGAAACUGGUGAAAAUCCACCACUGUCCUCAUAGCAAAAUGUAAUUUCAACUUCAGGGAUUAAAGAGUGUGUUCUUUAUUGUUGUUUUCACACCCGUUGUAUCAUCUGGAAGGUGUCAAAGGUGAUUGAUCUUUUAACUCGUUUCAAUGUUUUCUUUCUGUUGUAGAUAAAAUAUAUACUUGGUGCCAUUAAGUAAAAUACCUUGUUGUUGUUUUAUUUUUUCCUGGUCUUUAUGUAGUAGACAUGUUUACUUUAGUUUGUUUAAAUCAUCAGUCUCUUAUUAAAAACAAUGUGCCAUUCCUCCCACAAUACCUAUGUAAAUGGCGGAGUUCCUCAAGGUUCAGUUUUUGGCCUAUUAUUAUUUUCAUUCAGUUUUUCCAUCGACUAGCGUCAUUUAGUCUUUUUCUGAUAUUUUCUUUAACCGCUAUGCUAAUUACCUUCAAAUAUCCUUUAACCAUAUAUUAAACAGUCUGUCCACCCUAAUCCACUGGUUGACUGACUUUUUUGAAAUUAUCUUGUUCAAAACGUCCAUUAAGGUUGAGACUAUGCUCCACUGAACUUGCAAUCAAAGAAUUAGUCAAGCUUGUGCUUCCUUUUGCUCAAUCACCAAAUAAAGCAUUCAUUGAUUUGUUUUCA